AUGGCAUCGGCGUGGUGCAUUCAGUUCAGGGCAUUCCUGUGCAAGGUGCUCCUGCAACUCAAGUCAGCAUUAUUUACCACUAUUUUUAUGUUGCUACUUCCAACCCUCGUAAUGCUUGUGCUGGUUGCAGGAUACCGCUCAACCGCCAUCAUUCACGUGCCGGAAAUGCAAUAUGAUGAGAAUCCUCUUAUAAAUUCUUCAAAGAUUUUCGAGAACCACUUUUGCACGAAUCGUGAUGCCCCGUUUUCGUUUCGUAGGCGUUUGCCUGUUCCGAUGUGCUACCCACCGUCGGAAGAGUUUGAGUGCCUUCCUUCCGUGCGUGGAGGUUCAUUGUGUGUUCUCGAUGCCACGUUGGCACGUGAGGCACUCGCGCAGCUGUUUGUAGCGGCUGGCCCCGUUGUUAUUCCAACACUCGAUGCCUAUUUGGGACUGUCAGCGUUUGUGACACAUGAGUUACGGCGCGAGAACCCGAGUCUGUUCGCCCGCUCCGCAAAAGAGGGCAUGGGCCACUACGGUAAACUAUUACUUGUGGAUACGAAAUCUGCCAAUCAUGGUGCUGCAGCGCGUUUCAGGACAUUUUGUUCCAAUGUAAGCGUUCUUUGCAAUGAGGUGUUAGGCGAUUUGCCCAUUUUUGCAUCUAUGGCCGAUGCCCGCCGGUAUGCCAUGGAGAACGAUGGGGAGGUAUGGGCUAUUGCGGAUAUCACUGACGACCACCGGGGCGUUGGAAAUUUCGUGGGGCGCGGGAAUCACUUCACUAUUAGCAUGAAUUACUCCGCAACCCCGUGGACGACGGAGGCGGCCAUACCAACAACCAAAGCGAUGGAGGAAGGUAACAAUCUGCUGUACAUCACUAGCGGGUUUCUUACUUUGCAGAACGCCAUCCAACAAUUUUAUGUGCGGGAACGUUUGGGGGGUAGGCUUAAUUCCUCCGCGAUUUUUCAGUACACUAAUCUGUAUGGACCUACGACUGUGGCAAUGCCGUCUCCACCGCAAUUCAAAAGCACAUUUUAUAAGUGGGGACAUUACAUGCCCUUGCUCGCAAUUAUCGCUGCUCUUUUAUCCGGCAUGGUGUUUGCGCGUUUAAUUGUGAAUGAGAAAGCUCGAAUGAUUCGGGGGUGUAUGGAAGUAAUGGGACUUCGGUGGUCCGCUAUGGCAUUGGGGUGGCUCAUCAUUGCGUUCUUGAUGGACUUCAUUGCUGUAUGUGUGCCCGUCUUAUUGGUAGGGUUCACCUUUUUCCACUACGUGAACUUGGCAGUACUGUUCGUAUUAUACUGGAGUUUCUUGUGCCAAAUAAGAGCGUUGUGCCUCUUCUUGAGUACCUUUUUCACGAAGCCACGGUACGUGAAAUUGGCUAUAUGUGUUGUUACAGUGUGUUGCAUCAUGUCGUACUAUCGCACACCGGAAAGUUACCAUGCACCAAAGGUGAAGUUCAUGAGUCUACUCCCUUGUGUCGGCUACCUUGCGUCAUUUGACCAGCUGAUCCAGCAUGCGAGCACGAGCCAAAAGUUCCAUUGGAGGGAUACCGUUGAAGGGUGCAACUCUGUGGCACUUCUUGUUGGUAUGACAUGGGUUUCCACGUUCAUUAUGUUGGUACUGUGGAGUUACUUGGACCAAGUGCUUCCUACUUCAUCGUGCUGUCGUAAACACCCGCUUUUUUUCCUUCAGGCGUUUCGUCGCUUUCUGUGCCACCCUCGGGACGAAAACACAGAUGUUAUUUCCUUUCCAUGGAGGGAACUGGGAAAGGAUGAGAUACCGCCGUCCAUGAAGUCUGUGCUGGAUCAGCAUCCAGAGUGCCGGGAUACAGAGAAUCAGACGAUAGCUGCGGUACUUUAUGGGCUGUGUAAGCAGAAGAAAAGGCAGAACUGGUUCUGUUGGAAGCGCGGCUCUAGUGCAGGCAUCUCAUUCGGAACCAGCGGUAGUGCGGCUGUAGAUGACGUUUCGUGCGCGCUCGAGUUCGGAAAGGUGAAUAUGCUUAUUGGACCCAGCGGGUGCGGCAAGUCCACGCUCAUAGGCAUGGCUGUUGGUGCUGUGAGGCCCGAUGCUGGUGCCGUCUACAUUUGUGGCCACUCUACAGUAACUGAGCCCGAGAAGUGCCGCAGGAACAUUGGAUACUGCCCACAAUCAGACGUUUUGUGGGAGGAUCUUACUGUGGAGCAGCACCUUACCUUCUAUGCUCGACUAAAGUGUGGCGGUGUUUGGGAUGUGCGAGAGAUUGUGAAUGACAUUAUUGACACCCUAAAUUUGGAGGCACAGUGGCUUACAAAGGCGCGGAAUCUAUCGAGGGGUCAGCGCCGUCGCUUAUGCGUCGGUAUUGCAUUGAUUGGUGACCCUGCCGUGCUAUUUCUUGAUGAUCCAACGGCAGGGAUGGACGUUAAGGGGCGAAGGGCGGUGUGUGAGGCGCUGAGCAAGGGGCGUGAAGGGCGUGCCGUGCUGAUAGCCACCCACGAAAUUGAUGACGCGGAACGUAUCGGGGAUUACAUCCACGUCAUGCAGGGUUGUACUGUACGUGACUCGGGCUCGCCGCUCGUUUUAAAAUCAAAGGCAAGUGCUGGGUACGUUUUAAAAUGUGUCGUUAGCCCUGGCCUGACGAUUGAAGAGGAGGAUGACUGCAUCAACCGACUUGUAGAUUUCGUACGGGCUAUUGCCCCUGGCGAUUACGGCAGUCGUCCCGCGCGGGAGAGUCACGGUACGGUUUGUGGUGUUGGGCUCCUUGGUGUAGAGCGGCGGGGGCGUCAGGUUUCAUUCCGCUUUCCGCUCGCCCUGCUCUCGUCUGAAGGCGUCUCCGUUGUUGGCGAAAUAGAGGCUCGUCGCAGCGAGUUCCACCUGCAAAGUAUUGGACUGAGCAUCGCAACGCUACAGGAUGUUUUGGAUUACCUGACGGUUCAGCAUCAACCAACGGCCGGUGCAAAUGGAGACAGUGGGCUGUGUGGACUGUCGUUGGAUGAAACGAAUACGCCGCGCCGCGCUGGUGGCAAUGGUUCCACUGUUUCCGUGGAAUUUACCCCGUCUGGGACGAUUCGAGACGAUGAAAAGUUCUCUGCUACUUCCGGCCUCGGUCGAGCGGACACGAAUGCCACACGAGACGGGGGGCUUCAGUGGACGUUCUUCUCGCAUUUCGCUGCUCUUUUUGUGAAGCGGCUACAUUCGGCGAAGUGGGAUGCACAGCUCAUGUUUUACUACAUUGUGAUGCCUCUCGCAUUCGCUCUUCUUUCGCUUCCCGUUGGUAAGGUUAAGCCAACUGUUCAGCCAGCGUUAACACUCGACUCUUCAAUGUACCGCGCCGGCCAGAAGUCUCCCAACUCUACUCUUGUUUGGACUUACUCCAGUGUUCUUGAUGACGCGUUUGGUGUUGCAAAAUCUGAUCUGCGUAAUGUUUUCGGGCCCUAUUAUACGCCGGUGAUGGUUGAAUGUCACAGAGCGGGUUGUACCGAAGCCUUGUCUGACGUUCUUUAUCAGUACUUGAAUGGUAACAACUCUCAUGCCGAUGUUGCUAUCGCACUUACCGGUGCGAUGUAUGGGGUUGCCACUUCUGUAACGAUGCACAACCUCUCUUCACCCCAUGCAGCGGCCCAGUCCCUCAACAUGCUGUACGAUGUGGUGAACAAUCAGCUAUUUGGCGAAGGAUCUUUUGUGACAGCACGUAAUGAACCAAUGCCAAUGGGCCCGCACGAGGAGGAAAUGUUUGCCGCGUUCCACCGCAUUAUUGCUGCUCUCUUUGUUAUAUUGGCCUUUAUUCUCAUUCCGGCUAACGUCGUUGGUCGUAUUGUGAAGGAGGUGCAGUGUGGCGCGUAUCAUCUCCAAUGUUUGGCUGGUGCUAAUGCAUUCUCCUUCUGGCUUAGUGCCAUGCUCUUCGAUUUCUUAUGCUACGUUGUGGCUGAGAUUCUCGUGUUGAUCGUGUUGUUUGCGUCUGGGUGCGAUGAACUCGUUGGCGAUGGCCAUACAAUUCUUGCCGCACUAGCUCUUUUUACGAUGUUCGGCCUUUGCCACAUUCCGUUCUCCUACGUUCUGAGCUUUCUGUUCAAAUCCUCACGAAGAGCGCAAAGCACCGUUCUUGUUGGGAGCCUCGUGCUUGGAAUUAUGUGGAUUCUGAUUGAGCCUUUGGCCGUUAAAAACAACCGUGUGGCAGGCAUUGUUAUGGGCGUGACAAGUUUUCUGCGCGUCACACCGUGCCUUGCUUUCAGUGAGGCCCUCAUGGCUAUGGUGUGUACGAGGUUGGCGAAUAUACGAAAGCCGCUGAGGGAGCGACCAAGUCUCUUCAGCCCGCUAGGUUACAGUAGGGGUGGUUUAACCGGUGGUACCGGAACGGGUCUCCUGUACAUGGUAGGUACCUUUUUCGUUUGCCUGUUGUUAUUUGCCCUACUAGAGCUGCUGAGGCGUCGGGGAGCGGUGUGUUGCCUCGGACCGUGCUCGGAAGGGGAUGGUGAUGGGAAGCUAAACGCUGCUGCGCAUCGAGGCAACCGUAAGAGAAUGAAGAGACGGGGAAAAGGCACCCCCGAAGAUUGGUGCGCCAACGAAGAGAUGACCUCUUACCGUAAUGGGGAGUUGGAGGAGGGGCGGGGUGCCGCGGCAGUGGGCCUCUCACUUCAACACGUCACCAAGAGAUACGCGGGAGUCUCCACUUUGGCCCUUCGAGACAUUUCAAUAUCUGUGUACAAGGGGGAGACGCUGACGGUUUUGGGUCUUAAUGAUUCCGGUAAGUCAACAAUUCUUUCUAUCCUUGCAGGCAGGGUACCACCAACAACUGGGUUUGCUGGCGUCGGUGAAACCAUCGUACGUCCCAACGCCGCCCAAAGUAAGGUUGGUUACUGCCCACAAAAAGAUGCGCUGAUGGACAACUUAACACCAUAUGAUCAUCUUCUCUUGUUCUCUAGGCUGCGUGGUAGCACUGAGGAGCAAAUCCACAGUGAGGUACCGCGGCUUCUUUGCGUGUUGGGUUUGGAGGACGUGAAGAACUGCCUCGUGCGCACACUAACUCCGGCUCAGAAGAGGCGGUUGUCGCUCGCUGUAGCCUUCGUCGGUGGGACCACGUAUCUUCUGCUGGAUGAGCCAACCGCCGAUAUGGACUUCAUGUCACGAAGGCAAGUUUUCGCUGCUGUACAGGGAUUAGGCAGGGCAAAGUCCGUCAUUCUUGCGUCACGCCACCUGGAGGAGAUGGAGGUGCUUGUGGAUCGUGCCGCUUUUAUUGAGUACGGACGCUUGCGAUACAUUGGCACUCCUCAGGAAUUGAUGUCGCACUUUACCUGCGACGUCAUGUACACUGUGAGGGUGGCGUUUGGCAACACUGUCGCCCCACAGCUGGACCCGCUGGGGGAAACCGUGCGAAACCUUUGUAAGUGCUUUGACAAGGCGCAGGGUUCGCGGGGUUGUCGCAUAAAGAGUGUUGUUGGUCGCACCGUUACGCUGGCGGUGACCUGCGAUCUCUUGUUUGUGUGCCAGCAAAGUGCCGCGAUUAGUGAAGGGGCAAUCCCCGGUCUAUCGCCAGUGGUACAGGUGAGCGCCACACAACCGCAGUUGGACGACAUCUUGUUGGAUUUUUAA